UUUAAGCGGUAAAAGAAAAUUGGAGCAUAUUUAAAGGACGGACCAGAAGAUGUUUCAUUGAAUGUAGAAUGCAAAGAUUUUUUAUUUCAAGAGAAUUCUAUGUUCGUAAGAGGGUCUUCAAAGUAUUUCCUGUUCGAACAACUGCAUAUCUACAAAUAUUAUCUUGCAAAUUUAUCAUCGGUUCGAAGGCGAGACUGUCAAAAAAGCAGGCAACGGUCCCAGUCCAACCGGUUAUUACAAAAUCUGCAAAAAGGAGACAGGUGUGCCAGCUCAUAUUGGACCAGUUUGAGCAACAGUACAGCAAGGAACUGGGCCCAUUAUGGCUCUCUGCAAAGGUUGUGUUGCUGAACCCACAGUGCUGGCAGUACGGCGUCAUGCUCAACCGAUUUACUUCAGUGGCAGACAUCACACGGAUCCUCAAGUUGCAAGGCUUCACCAGCAUACUACCCAGCUCAGUUAUCUACACCCUGGACCCUGUUGAUACCCACACACCACAACCAGACACCCACCCUCCAUCCAUACUCUCAACCAAUCAGUCUCUUCCCUUUCAGAAUUUGCCUGUCCCCAUUCCAAAACAUAACUCAGAGCCCAGCUCUCACCACAAUCCUCCCCCUAUGCCUUCUGCGGACCCAGGCCCUUUUCCUCGUCCCUCUCCAUCUCCCCAUCCCCCUCCUGUCCCCUCCCUGCAGUGCCUGAUCCACACCUCCCCAGUACGGUUCCCCUCCCAGAGUCACAGGCCGGGCCAGUUGAAGCAGUACUACCUUCUAAAUGCAGCUUCCCUCCUCCCAGUGCUGGCUCUGGAGGUGAGAGAUGGGGACAGAGUCCUGGAUCUUUGCUCAGCCCCUGGAGGAAAAGCACUGGCCAUCCUGCAGACUGCUCACCCAGCUCUUUUAUGUUGUAAUGAGGUGGAUCCUAACAGGAGGGAUUGGCUUGUUAAAACCCUGGAGUCAUUUCUUCCUCACUCGCUAAGCGACACAGUCACUGUCUGCAACCUAGAUGGUCGCACAUUUGGGGAAAGUCAGCCUGGAAUGUAUGACAAGGUGUUGGUGGACGUUCCGUGUUCUAAUGACCGUAGCUGGCUGUUUUCCACCCUGAGCCAGCAGGGGGCGCCCAGGCUGAGAGAGAGGAGGAACCUACCCAACCUUCAAACUGCUCUGCUCAGGUCAGCUCUUCAAGCAGUGCGUCCAGGGGGUGUGGUUGUGUACUCCACCUGUACUCUGUCCCGUGCUGAGAAUCAGGAAGUGGUGGAGGCCGUCCUAUCGUCGGUUCCGGGGGCGGAGCUUGAUGAUCUGGAGGAGGAGCUGGUACUCCCACUCUCAGACCACUUCACCUUUGCUCCGCCUGGCCACGCCCCCAGUGGGAUUCUAGUGGUCCCUCAUCCGGGCAAGACCUGGGGGCCCAUGUUUGUGUCACGCAUCAAGAGGACACACUGAACCUAGGUAGAAAAUGGUGUCAGCCAGCCAACACAUAAUACAUAUUUAUUCAUGAUGUACAACGAUUGUAAUUGUUCUAUGCAUCUGUGAAAGCAUUUAUUUUAAAGGUUAAGACAAUCUCCAAGGUUAUUUGGGGGAAAUAUGUGUGUAUUAAAGAGUUGUGGAAAGCAACCAUGAUACAAUUUGAGGGGUUCGGGAUGUCUAGAAAAGUCUGUGCCAGCACAUCACACCUGAGUAAAGUAGAGCAGAUUUACCUGACCUCACCAAACUAAGCUAAAGCACUAAGCAGGCAGACCGGUUCAUAUUAAACUAUACAUGAGUAUACCAGACGAGACUAAACAAAACUAAAGCAGGCAGACCAGUCUAGACCAGGCCAUAAACACUGUAAAGGAAAAUGAAGGGAUGUUGAAUUGUCAAGUCAUGCACGACACCCUUUUUAAUCACUGCCCAGUUCAUUCACCCAGGAAAUGAAUAGUCAUAUUCAGACCACUUGCAGGAUGACUCUUUCACCAUUGUGAAUCAAAUGUGAAAACAGGUUUUUUCAAGUGAUUGCUGCGCGAGUUAGAUGACUGCUGGACUGGGAAAUGGCCUUGGCAGCUUCGGCGCUCGCAUCACAGUUGACAUUUAGAACCUCCCUCUCAUCUCUGCCGCUUAAUAAUGUCAAAGCCUGUUACCAGCGAUGCCUUCUGGGGGAGAGAGAGCUUUUUCUAGUCCUUGGGCAGUUUGUGGGCAUUAUACAAUAUGUAUACUGUGUCAUGACCUCAGAAAGGCUAAUUGACGUUGGUUAAGAACACCUCCACUGAACUACAGGCUAUGCUUCUAUUUAUUAUUGAGUGAAAAGUUGAAACUUACAUGAAAAAAAUACAUGAAUUUCAGAAUAUCUUACAUGACUAUUUGGUAGGUCCCCCAUCAUUCUAUCCCAGAAUGAUGUUCCAAUGAGCUUCUUGUGACGUCACAGAAGGCUUGGCUUUCUCAAUCUUCAGUUCUCCCAUUAAAUGAUCAAGGUGGUCUCAGACUUUUGGACCUUACUGAGUGCCAUCCUCUCAGGCUAGCCCUCCAUAUGAUAGUCCUACUGAGUCUGUCUUCUAGUUUUGCUGGUGCAAGUGAUUGGCAACCACUCCAGCUUGCCCCCACAUUAGCCAAAUAGCACCGUAGUCAGAUUUACAUAUAGAGGAGGAGAAGCAGGGACUUGAUUUGAGAUUUGGAGAGCAUCCAUGUCCCACCCACAAACAUCAGAUUCUUCUGGAUGUCACAGAACAUCCCUAAUGGCCUCAUCCGUCAAACAGGCAGGUGAGCAACAUUGGCGGAGAAAGGCACUUUGGAUGACCCUGAUGGCCCAUUACAGGAUGAGGGAGGAGCAGGGGAGAAACGAGAGAAGAGAGGACUGCAGAAAAAAGAGAAAGCAGGAAACAAAGUAGAUGAGUGAAUAAGGGGAAGGAGUUUGGCUCUGCUUUGCCCUGAGAUUACUCUAUCCAGCAGACAGUCUGUAGCCUAUGUUAUCUGUGUAAAAGGUAUUAUGGCUAGCAUGACAGUACAUUUACCUGUUACACAAGUGAAACUGAAAACACUUGAUACCAUUUAAUUACAUAGCAAUUCCUAUGUACCUGCAAUGUCUUUUUCUAUAGGCUUGGUAUUGCUAUGUAGUUACAUCAUGGUAGCAUAAUGUAACCUUAAUGUAAAGUGUUGCCCCAAAUUUGAAUAGUCUUGACACCCAGGACUGCUUUGGAUAGAAAGUGUCGAGAAAAUCCCACUCUCUUCAAAUAUGUCAUAUCCACAAGAGCUCUUGUAAGGUUAAUGAUGUGUGAACAUGUGCAUUCUAUGAGUUAAAGAGGCUGUUGGUUCAGUAGAGAGCCCACGGAUAUAAAUGUAAUUGCUGUCUAGAGAAUGAUGGCUUCAAAUGGCCUUGUGCCUGUGUCAAACACCUACACCAGUCAGACACUCGUACUCGCAGAUUAUUGGCUGUUAUUCUGAUAUUGCUAUUUUUAUUGGCUGCCCUAGUUUACUUGCAAUGCUCCGACUCCCUUCGCAAAAAAUAUGUCAAACGUAUCGCCGUGCUCGAACAAACGGACCACCAUUUUCGCACAAAGCAACUUUGAGAGGGGGGUUGGAAUGGGGGCUAUGCUGAGGUCGUCCAUGUUGUUGACCCCCAUGUGAACUCUGAGUCUUUCUCAUUCCCAGAUUACUGAGUGUCCUGGGGGUCUCCCCAUCUCUUGCGCUCUGUCACGCAGUAGCCCUCCGCCACUUCAAAGAGGGAGAAUGUAGGCCUACUUUGCAUAAUCAGGUGGAGAACUGCUUUUGCCAGAGAGGCGGGAAUUAAUUUGCAGCGCCUCCAGAUGUAGUCAUUAAAACGGCGCUGGCAAUGAUGCUGGGCAUGGAGAUGGAGCCAAACAACGAAGACAGUGAUUAUAGUGCAGAGGGAGAGGAGAGAGGAGGUGAAAUAAAUAUUAGAAGAAGUAAGAAACAGUAUUUAAAGGUAUUUGAAAAUAAGGAGGUGUUAUUGAUUUUAAAACAACUCUUAUUCCUAAUCUAUUUGACAGCUCCGCUGAUACGCUGCCAGGAAAGGUCAAGAGCAUCUGUACUUCUAUUGUCCUACCACUUAACAUGACAAGGUGCAAUAGGUCUUAGUGCACACUGAUUAAUGAGUGGUAUCCUGACUCGUAUCAUGGCACAGCUCUCCUGUGAGACUUUACCUGAGUAGUGGAGGUAGAAAAUUAUUUUCUACGUGGAA